AUCAACAACAGAACUGAUUUUCUUUUAACACUAAAAAAGAUGCAAAAGUUUAUACUUCUGGCUCUCUCAUUGGCUUUAGUUCUAGCAAUCACGGAGAGUUUCGAUUUCCAUGAAAAAGAAUUAGAAUCUGAGGAAAGCUUGUGGGGUUUGUAUGAAAGGUGGAGAAGUCAUCACACUGUUUCUAGGAGUCUUCAUGAGAAACAAAAGCGUUUCAAUGUGUUCAAGCAUAAUGCCAUGCAUGUCCAUAACGCUAAUAAGAUGGACAAGCCUUAUAAAUUGAAGUUGAACAAGUUUGCAGAUAUGACUAACCAUGAAUUCAGGAACACUUAUUCUGGCUCAAAAGUUAAACAUCAUAGAAUGUUUCGCGGGGGGCCACGAGGAAAUGGAACCUUCAUGUAUGAGAAGGUGGAUACUGUCCCCGCAUCCGUUGAUUGGAGAAAGAAAGGUGCUGUCACCAGUGUUAAGGAUCAAGGCCAAUGUGGUAGUUGCUGGGCAUUUUCAACCAUUGUAGCAGUUGAGGGUAUCAAUCAAAUCAAGACAAACAAGCUAGUGUCUUUGUCCGAGCAAGAGUUGGUGGAUUGUGACACUGACCAAAACCAAGGAUGUAACGGAGGGCUGAUGGAUUAUGCAUUUGAAUUCAUCAAGCAAAGGGGUGGCAUAACAACUGAGGCUAAUUAUCCUUAUGAAGCUUAUGAUGGAACUUGCGAUGUUUCAAAGGAGAAUGCACCGGCAGUCUCUAUUGAUGGACACGAGAACGUGCCUGAAAAUGAUGAGAAUGCAUUGCUUAAAGCAGUGGCAAACCAGCCUGUAUCUGUUGCUAUAGAUGCCGGAGGUUCAGAUUUCCAAUUCUACUCGGAGGGGGUCUUCACUGGAAGUUGUGGAACAGAGCUGGAUCAUGGAGUAGCAAUCGUGGGUUAUGGAACAACUAUUGACGGAACUAAAUACUGGACUGUGAAGAAUUCUUGGGGACCUGAAUGGGGAGAGAAGGGAUACAUAAGGAUGGAACGUGGCAUCUCUGAUAAAGAAGGACUUUGCGGUAUAGCAAUGGAAGCUUCAUAUCCCAUCAAGAAAUCCUCAAACAAUCCAUCAGGAAUUAAAUCUUCUCCUAAGGAUGAACUCUGAGCUUUUAUUUACAAUCAAUUUCAGCCUCAUGCUUGCUAAAUGAAUAAUACUAAUUUUUACACAUUCAUGUUAUCACUCCAAAACAGCUUUCCUGUUUGAGAAAUUAAUAAAGUUUGCAAGAUUGUUUUCCUA